GGACGUUGCUCUGACAUUUUUGUUUGAAGAAAGCUUUUGUGUGAGAGAAACUUUGAUUAUCAUUUUGAUAUUUGAAAAAAGCUUAGUUAACUAGGCUUAUUUCAGAACGAACGUAAAGAAUAACAUUUGUUUUUUUAUUACUCUGUAUAAAUUUCUGCUUACUUUAGUUAAUUAAUUUUAAAAUAAAAAAGGAAAAGUUUAUCAACAAAAGUGGUAGUUUGUUCAGCGAUAAAUAAAAACUUUACUGGAACGUUUUCACCUUAGCAUCAGUGGCUGAUUCACAACCUUUGAAAAAGAAUGUAAAAUAUGUAUUGCCCCUUAGUAACCAGAUGCUGGCCUCUUCCGCCCCCUUUUAUCAGAAAAAAAGCUGAAUGACAGUCAGUUCAUUUUUCUAAUUGUGAAAAUUUUGACGUUCCAGGUUAAAUGUUCUUUACCUGACAAAAAUUAGGGUUUGCAUGAUUAAACAAAGGAUUGCACAAGAAAUCACAAUAACGCUGGAAAAUUUUCUGUAUAACAAACUGUUAUGUUCUGUAUAAUUUUUGUAUAUAUGUCUCACUUUAAGCAUGAUAAGACUAGGUUUUAAUGUGCUCUAAAGAAAGUUUAACAGCCACUCAACCAUGUUGCUGUUUCAAGUACACAUUCUUAUAAUUCUGCAGUUCUUCGAAACUUUAUCACAACACGUUGAUAAACAUCACUACAAAUCAUUUUAUGUAGAUCGUUUUGAACCAAAAAAUGCAGGUUUGAAUCGCAGAGGAAGUCCGUGGCCUUACUAUGAGUGGCAAAAAAAGCAACACGAAAACGAUAAACGAAUUCACACAGAAGUUUUGAGAGAAAACAAAGUACAUCAAGACGAAAACAAGAAACAGUACGAUGAAAGUUUGCAUGAGAGUCAAGAAACACGUCGCAUGCAAGAUGAAACUAAACGAGAAUCUUCUGUCAAGCAGGCUGAGAAAGGCGAACCCGGGAAACAAAGGAGUAGCUUUGAAAAGAAAGCUAAACGUAAAGGUUAUAAAGAAAUGGUUUUAACCGAUAAAGAAUCAAACAAUUUCCUCACAUCUAGAAAAAAGAAACAUUACUUUUAACCAUUCGGCAAAAUACACUGACGAAUUAUCGUUAAAUUUCAUGCUUGAUUGAGCCGUAAGAAAACAUUAUUUUGACUAUAAACUAACUGCUCAAAAAGUUAUGUUUCGUAACAAGCAGAGUGGUGGUACAAUAUACGAAUAUAUAUUUAGUAGAGUAUGUAGAUAUUGUAAAGAGGGUUUGAAAGACCUGUGAAAUUAACGUUGCCAGAGAAACGGUAAUAAAGAUUUUUCAAAUGCUAAGCAUUAAAUGUCAUAUAAUAUUCUCUGUUAUGUAAAUCUACUAUUAUAUAUUUUUUAUAAAAUAUAUUUUUAAUAAACGA